CGCCUCUUGCGCUCCAUCCUUUCCUGCAUCCCUCCCUGGGAGCAUCCCAAGCCCAGGUUGCUCUCUUGCACACAACCCAGGCUGGGAGGGAGGAGGAAGAAGGGAACCAAAAAAUAAAGAAAUCCGCCCUGCAGAGCCGCGAUCUUCUCCAGGGGAACCUUGGCCUGGAUCUACCUCCUCUUCUCUCUGCAGCCUGAUGCUUUGAGGUUUUCAAUUUGGAUGCAAAGACCAGCCCAAGGACCAGAGAAGCCUCCUCGGCCCCUGAAGCAUCGGAUCCCUCGGAGAAACGAUGGAGGGGGAAGGAGAUGAUGGCCCGGGAAGGCAAACAAAAAGGAUCCUAAAGGAGAUGUAGGUGGUUUUCCGAGGAUGCCUCCAAGUCUCAGAUUUACCUCAUUAUGUCUUCCUCCAAACUCCAAGAUGCAGAUGAGGUUUUUGAGACCCAGAGACUGGACAGCAGUUUGCAGAAGGCUCGAGCCCAGCUUUCGGCCAAGGGCAGGCGGCAACGUCCAUCCCGGUCCCGCUUGAGAGACAGUGUCAGCUCCACAGAAGGGGAUGAGGUCCCAGAGAAGAAGACGGGUGAUACCUGUGGAAGCCCACUCCAUCGCCUGAGGUCCCCUCUUCAUGGCUCCUUCCAGGCCUCUUCACCCCUCUCAGGUUCCUCACCCUUCACUCGCACUGGGGAGUUCUCUUUUGACACCUCAACAGUCCGGAGGUCCCUGGAGCAAGAAGAGCAACCUUCAUCGCCUUUCAUCCGUUACCGACCACUAACCAACACCUCCUCGCAGGAAGCCUUAGGCAGCACCCCAACCAGUUCAUCCCCCAAGUCCUGCCCCAGCUCUGACAGUUCACCCAUCUAUGCACGCAGAGAGCGGCACAGUGAAGAUGACAGCCGGGACACGAGUCCACCAGAGCCUGCAAGCCCCACUAUUGGACUUGACAAGAAAACUCGGCGAAAGUUCCUGGAUUUGGGGGUCACCCUCAGAAGAGCAUCUUCCGGGAAAAGCAGGAAAGAGAAAGGGGGCAAUCGUCUUUCCAUGGGCAGCAGGGAGCUGAUGGAGGGCUCCAGCCGUUCCUCUGUUUCUCCUUUCAUGCCUUUCUCCUGGUUCACUGACAGCGGGAAAGGAUCUGCCUCCUCGGGCAGCACAGCGUCCCCCAUCUCUUCCCCCAAGAAUGAGGCCUUCAGCCGCAAGAAAUCUGCCUCACAGGAAUCCACCUUGAGUGAUGACUCCACUCCUCCAAGCAGCAGUCCCAAGACUCUGAGUUCAGCCCCUCCGGAGACCAAGUAUUCCUACCCCUACCACACACUGUCACAGUCAUCUGAUGAGUUCCUGGAUGAGCCUCUGAGUGCAGCUUCAACCUGGAGCAGUCAGAAAGUGGGUCAGUGGCUGGAGAGCUUGAACCUAGAACAGUACAUGGCUGAGUUUGCUGCUCAAGAGGUGGAUGGCCAGCAGUUGCUACUUUUGGAUGGAACCAAACUAAAGGCUCUUGGUGUCAGCAACUCUCAUGAUCGAUCUCUUCUGAAGAGGAAGCUGAAGGAGCUGAACGCAGCUGUUGAGAAGGAAAGGAAAGCUCAGGAAAAGGUGGAGAAGCAGAAGGAGAAACAGAAGAAGAAGGACCAGGACCAGAAGAAGAGUUAGAUGGGGAUAAGCAUUUCCCAGGGCCCAUGGCUUACACCCUUUCCCCUUUCACCUUGUGGAGCAUCACUAGGGUUGAGGGGGAUGGACAGUCUACAGCCAGGAGAGGGUGGGUGGGGGGAAUGAGAUGCACACCACAGCCUGUGGAAGAUUAUGGGUUGAGUGGGGCACAUACAGCAAGGAUGAACUUGUUGUGAGGCCAGAGAUGGUUGCAAGAGCCAAAAACAAACCAUAACAGCUGGAUGGACUGCAGGGACAGAGAGAGUGAUGCCUCUGCAAAAUGGCACCUCUGCCCUGCAGCGCCUGGACUGUCCAGCUGCACUUUUGGUGGGCCAGCAAGCCAUCCCCCUCCCACUCCAGGUGUGGCGUGCGGAGGGUGGUAGUAAAAAUGUACACCGAUGCUACUUCCUGUGAAAACCUUCAGAUCACACCUCUGGACUUCCCUUUUAACCCUGCUCCUCUAGAUGAUGCCAUUCCGCUUGAAAAGGCCUAGAUGUGUUCACCCGUGUGCCAAUUAGGUGUCUUGUCACACUGUCCCAUUCCUACAAGCCACAGCAGGGUGGGUGGGGUGGGUGGGAACCACAGCUGCCUCACAAGACACAAACCACAGAUACACAAGCACACAAACACAUGUGCGCAUCCAGACACACAGCAUCUCCCAACAGAAUUCCAUGCACUCCCUUCUGCCACUUCCCUCCCAAAUACUUUCUGCAUCAGGUGUAACCCUUCCAGACCUACCUGUUGGGUGAAGUGGGUGGGAUGGAGGGAGGGAGAAGCUAGUCUGCCUGCCUAUUGCUGAGAUGAGAAGAACUAUAUGAGUGCUUGUGAGAGAGAGCCGCAGAUGUUAGAUGAUACACAACAGAUCACAAUGGAAUAAAAAGCAGUUUGAAACCGUUUCUAGGGUACAAUUUUUGCACUGAAGGAAAG